GGUACACAUAAAAACUGGAUAGUUCAAUAAUAGUACCGCUGGACGAACAAAAAUAAGGAACAACAUUUUAAAUUUCGGAAAAAAAUGCACUUAUUUCGACUUUUCGGAUUUCUGACAAUUUACUUCACAGCUACAUCCGGGUACUAUCUCUGUCCUCAAAAUGUCCAGUGUCCGCCCGGAUGUACAAAAAUAGACACAAGAGGAUGUAAGCUCUGUGCAUGCGGACCGGGUAUGUUCCACCCCGGGGGAUAUUUAGGAAUGCCAAAAGGCAUGACAGGAAGUUUUGGAGGUUUUAUGCCGGGUUCAAUGGGCGGAGGGAGUCCCUUCGGAAGCAUGCAGGGUUCCCAUCACGUGUCAGAGCGGCCAUUGAAGGAGUGCCCCGGUACCAUGCUCUGUAUGAUGACGUGUAAAGGACACUACACGCUCGGCGACGUUGGCAGUAACGGCUGUCGAUCAUGUACAUGUCCCACCCACCAUGAAACCACGCACACGUCAACGCAUGUUGUGACGGUACAGACCUCCUCCGGCCACACGAGUCCUCACCACGACUGUUCGGGCACCAAGCUGUGUAUGAUGACCUGUAACACCCAGUACGUGCUGGGACAGAGGGGCUCCGACGGCUGUCAGAGCUGUACCUGUCUACCAGCUCCAACAGAGGCGCCAAAACCCGCCCCGACAAAGUCAUGCAUGUCUACCGUGCUGUGUAUGUUGUCCUGUAAGACCGGAUACUCACUGGGCGCCACCGGAAGUGACGGAUGCCAGACAUGCACAUGUGUUGCGCCUCCGACUCAGCCACCCACCGCCCCUCCUGCUAAAGUCCUGACAUGCUCCCACACCAUACAGUGUAUGCUCAACUGUAAAAACGGGUACACGCUGGGUAAUACCGGAACAGAUGGUUGUCCUCAGUGCGCAUGCGUAGUCCCAACAAAGGUGGUAGAGGUGUUGACCUGUUCCAAGAACAUCCAGUGUAACUCGGGGUGUGGAGCGGGAUAUAAGUGUGGGACCGACGGGUGUCCUACCUGUAGCUGUAUCAAACCGGCGGCUGUGGGACUGACGGUGGUGGAGGUGAUCAAACAGCCCGUGCGGUGUACCACAACCUUCUCCUGCCCGUCCUCGUGUGAGCUCGGAUACAAGUGUGGCUCCGACGGCUGUCCGACCUGUCAAUGUCUCAUCGCUGUACCGAUGGCUCCCGAGAAAACUGUCGAACCUUGUCAUAACUGCAAUACAAACACAGUUGUCCCUCAGACAAUCAAACAACCCUGCACCGACUGCAACACAGCAACAGCAGUGGUUGUUCCACCAAAGGUUGUGGAACCUUGCAACAAUUGCAACUCAGUAACAGCCGUACCAGUUCCGCAACAAGUAUCAGUAAAUCAAUGCAAAGACUGCGAUACGGGUCACGAACUUCUCGUAUCUCACGUAACUUCUGGCGGAAGUAAUUGUCAAGGUGAUUGUGACAACUCUAAGCCAUCAGGUGGAAGUAACCAAUUUAAGCCUGGUGGUACUGGCGGAAUGUCGGGAGGUUUCAAACCAGGGACAGGAUAUGGAGGAGGAGUUCCCUCGCCGAUAAGUUCGGGAGGUAGUACUGGAAUAGCAGGAACUAAUAGUGGUGGGUUAACCACCGGAAAUUCAAAUGGUUCAGGUAUGCCCUCGCCUUUCAAUCCAAACGGUAACGGAGGAAGUGGUAUUUCCAUUGGCACUGCAAGCGGAUCUGGUAUGCCAUCUCCUUUUAAUCCGGGUACAAACGGUGGUACAGGAGGUUUAGGAGCAUCAACUAGUGGGUCGGGAAUGCCGUCACCAUUUAACCCAGGAACGAAUGGAGGGGGUACAGGGACAGGAGCCGGUUCUGGUAUGUCAUCACCAUUUAAACCAGGGACCAACGGCGGUGGAAAUAGUGGAACCGGAUCUACAUUCAACACUGGUUCAGGAGUGAAUUCACCUUUUAACGUUGGAAGUAAUGGCGGACAAUCAUUGUCUGGAAAUACAGCUGGAAAUGGCAUGUCGUCACCUUUCAAACCUAGUACAGGUGGAGAUGGUAGCCAAGCAGGACCCUUUUCAGCUGGAUCUUCCUCUGGGAACAAUCCACUUUUACCACAAUUCUUGCAGGGAAGCAGUGGAAUGAACGCACAACAAACCGUAACAGGCGGGAACGAAAAUAUAGGAACUUCUGCUGGAUCCGUAGGUGGAGGUCUUACCCAAGUCAACACUGCUCAGACUUACGGUCAGCAGAUAGACAUCAGUCAGUACAGCGGACAGCAAACAGGCAUCGUGGCCACGAACACGAACGGUCAAAUGAGUGGCGGACAAAUCGGUGGAAAUUUUUCAAAUCCAUUCGUUGCUUCCGGAAAUGGAGCUUUUACAAAUGAAGGUUUCAAGCCGAGUCCUUUUAUGCAAGCUGCUGGACAAAAUGGGGGAAGUGGUCCUUUUGCGGGAGCAAUGACUUCUGGUAAUGGAUCCUCAACUGGCCCAUUUUCAGCAGUCGGUGGCAACAGCAAUCCCGGAUUUUCGGAAAACACUUAUCCUAAUCCUUUCCAAACGACAGGGGGUUCAAAUGGCGCUCAGGGUGGAGGAGGAAAUUCAAAUGGAAACGGCGCAUCAGGAUUUGGACCUAGUCCGUUUCAGACUACCGGGACAGGAAGUGGUAGUCCUCAGCCAUCAUUCGGUGGUUCUGGUGGAAUGACAUCUGGAAGCACAAAUGGUGGAUUGAAUCCUUUUGCUGGUUCUUCAAAUAGUGGAGGGAGCAAACCGGGAUUCGGGGGAUCUGGAGGUUUUAAUACGGGUGGAAGUUCUCAAGGCGGAUCAGGAUUUGGUGUCAAUCCGUUUCAGAGUGUCGGAUCUGGAACUGGUCCAAAACCUUCAUCAGGUGGAUCAAGUAAUGGAAAUACUCUCGGUGGUGGAAUGACACCGAACUUUGGUGGAGGCAGCGGUGGUUUCAAUCCAUUACAAGGGAACUCGGCUGGUAGUUCAAUGAGUGGACAAGGUCCAUCUGGUUUUGGGGGUGGCUCUGGGAAACCGGGAAGUGGAGGAAUUGGAGGGGGACCGAUGGGAGGCGGAUCAACGGGAGGUGGAUCAGGACCGAUGGGAGGUGGAUCAACGGGAGGUGGAUCAGGACCAAUAGGAGGUGGAUCUGGAGGAAGUGGGCCAUUAGGAAACUUCCACGCACCAACCGGAUACGGAGGCGCGACAGGAGGUGGACCAAUGAUGGGAGGAUCGGCUGGAGGUGGUCAAUUGACAGGCGGAUCUUUAGGUGGUGGUUCCUCUGGAAGCAAACUGGAUGUACAAUACAUAAUUAAGAAGUGUCCAGAAACAAUGCACUGCAUGACCACUUGUCCCCUGGGCUAUCGUUUGGGAGGACAGGGGAAAGAUGGCUGCCCACUUUGCACAUGUUUAGGAAAACAAGGGGAGACGAUGCAAGGUCUGCCACAUCAGAAUACUCUAAACGGUUUGGGAAAUUUACCGAAAGGAAAAACAGAAGGGAAGAUAGAACCGUCAGGACAAAAAGAAAAACUAAAUACACAAAAUAUAGUUUGUCUGUCCUCGUUCGCAUGUCCGAUCACAUGCCUCCAUGGUUAUAAACCGGAUGCUAAUGGCUGUCCAACCUGUUCCUGUCACGUGGUACCAGAACAAGCAUACACCUCCCCUGCCUCCCUGAAAUGCAAUGGUCACUUCUCCUGCUCCGAGGAAUGCCAAACUGCUUACACUGCCGGAAGUGACGGUUGUCCACAAUGCGACUGCGUGCCGGUUUCCAAACCCCGUCCUACGCCACAACCAACUCAUAUAGAUGCGCACGCCAUCCUGGCACACUGUCCCACAACGAUGAACUGCAUGACAACAUGUAGAGAAGGAUACACAUUGGGCGGAACUGACGCUCACGGAUGUCCUAGCUGCACAUGCGCAAAGAUACAAAAAACUGAAUGUAAAACGGGGUGUGAAAAACAACCAACAGCCAUCGCAGUUAAAACAUGUGACGCAACUAUCACCUGUAUGACGUCAUGUGCCAACGGAUACACGCUAGGAAACAAAGGUCACGACGGUUGCCCUGUCUGUAGGUGUGAACAGAAGUGUACCACAUGCGAGACCCAUCCAAUCGUCGUGCAGAAGGUGGACGAAUGCCACCACGACUGUAGUCCUAAACCCCAGCAGGUCGUCGUUGUUCAGAAGACGCCGGAGUGCACGGAUAACUGCGGCCAUCACACCGGAACAUACGUGGCUGUUAGUGGUACCAGUGGUGGAACAUCCGGGGGUACUGCGCUAGCAACGUCCGGUGGUGGUGGCGGUGGCAGCGGCGGCGGUUUCGGGGGUGGCGCUGCCGGCGGUUUCUCUGCAGGAGGCGGCGGCGGUAUGUCGGCCGGGGGAAUGGCCGCCGGAGGAAGUGGGGGAGGUUCCCAAUGUAAGCCCCUUCCACCUAACUGCCAUCCCCACUGUAUCAAAUACGACGUCGCUCAUUGCAGACUGUGUAUGUGUGAAAGUGAGCCAAUGCACGGGUAAAGAACUUUUAUCAUUCCUGUAAACUGUGAUGUACUCUGUCGCAUGUACAACGUCUAAAUUUUGCUGUCAUAAGUUGGCAAAUAUUAUUAUGUUCGAUGACUACUAUAGUCACAUAUGAGAAAGGUAAUAAAAAGUUCUUGUUUUUGA